AUGAAAACUCAGUGUGAACGCCCGCCGCCGCCGCCGCCGCCGCCCAACCCUGAGCGCCUGGACUCUGCCUGCGGCAAGAAAUCACAGCCUUUCCCUCUGCUCUCCUCCUAUCUCAUAGACAGCAUCUUGGGACGCACCAGCCCGCCCAUUAAACGCGGAGAUGCCCCGUCUUCGGCUUCGAGAAUUGGGGGGAAGCCGGAAGGUGAAAUGGCACCGGGGGGUCGAAUGGAGAUUGGAAGCAAAUCAUUUCAAAAGGAAGAAAUAGUGGAAAUUGGAGGGUGGCAUCAGCUCUCUCCAGCUCAAACUCCCCCCAAACGGGAAGAGGCCGACCGAGGCGAGUGUGGAAACUGGUUUCGUGAACUUCCUUCGGACGAAGACAAUCCGAGCCCCGGCUUGCUGAGUGUGCAAGGCAAGAGACGGGACGAAUUGAAGCCUUCGCAAAAGAGCAGAGGAGGGAUGGCAUCGUCCCCGGUGCCGGCAGAAGGAGGUGUAAAACAUUGUGUGGAGAGAGAGAAAUCAACGGACAUCCAAGUUCCGGGAGGGAGAGGAAGGGAGGAGAGAACCAGUGAGAUUGUGGAUCAGGAAGACGGCGCCGGGGUUCAGUAUUUUUCCUGUGUCGGUGACCAGGAGCAUGGGUCCUUCAAACGGAAACAGCGUCGCUACAGAACCACUUUCACCAACUUUCAACUGGAGGAGUUGGAGAGAGCAUUUAGGAAAACUCAUUAUCCCGAUGUCUUCACAAGGGAAGAUCUGGCAAUGCGGUUGGACUUAACCGAAGCAAGGGUACAGGUUUGGUUUCAAAACCGUAGAGCUAAGUGGAGAAAACGGGAAAAGGCUGGAAACCUGAGUCAUCCUCACGGUUUGUCCCUGGCCAGUCCACUGGGACUUUAUUUGGAUGUUCCGCUGGGCCAUUCCUCAGGUGUGGAACCGACCUGGAGGUCAGCCUCUCUCCCUACACUUGCUGCUCCAACAGCUGCCAACGCCUAUAACUCUGCAGCCCAAUUAGGCAUCAGCACCUUCAUCGGGACUACUUUCUUCAGGCACCCAUUGCUCAAUCCACACUUUGGAAGGUUUUUCACGGCUAUGAACCCAUUAAUGACAGCCUCGCUGGUGGUGAAGCCUUCAGUCCCCACACUGGACCCUGCUGUCUUCACUCACCCGCAGUCGGCUGCCCUGGACAGAAAAACCUCCAGCAUUGCCAGCCUGAGACUAAAAGCGAAAGAACACACAGACCAGAACCCCCCGAUCUCUCUGCUCCCGAACCUCGCCAGCGCAGGUAAAGAGGUCUGCUGA